AUGUUUUCUGAAUAUGCAUCACGGUUCCUUGCUCAGUCACAGUCACGAAUAGCUUCUCGACCAGAUGAGGUUCAAAGAACGGGUCGUAGCCGCCCUAAUACCCAAGGCAAUCCUCGACAUCCCUCAUCACGGUCUUUCUUAAGACCCAGUGACCCAUACAGACCGGCCGGAUCGCAAGCAUCUAAUUUCCCUUUCGCCUCCCGUGGUGCAGUCCAACCAGCUCCUCUUUUUUUCAGUGCCACCGAUGAAUUUCGAGAAGAAGAUGACGAAACAGAACGCGAGCGAGAAAUCGCAGAUUUCUAUGCACUGCAACGAUCAAGGCGGAAUUUCGGAGAUAGCAAUUUGAAAGAAUCUUCCGAACUGGAGGACUCUGAGCGUUCAGGUCUCGAUGAAAGUUCACCGUAUGAUGAUGGUCGCCCUGGCAAUGGCAAAGGAAUCAAAAGCUCAUGGCGUGGAGAGAAAAGCGUUUCAGUUCCCCGACCCUUUCCUAUUGACUCUGUGGCAGAAGUCACAGAACACAAUCCGGGGUUCCAUACAAGCCCCAGCAGUAGCAGAGUCCGUGAUAAUCUAGUUGAUGUCGGUCUCGGAGACUCAUUGCGAAACAACGUUGACGGAGACCAGACAUUAUCUAGCCCAGGGACUCAUGAUCCUCCUAUCCAGCGGUUUCGAGAACGAGCUCCAUUGAAGGAGCUUGGACCCAGCCCACGUGAGCCUAUCGCGGAGCAAGGAGGGCUUUCAUCCCAAGAUGUCCCACGGCCGCCUAGCUCGACAGGUUCAUUUCCAGCCUCAAUAUCCCCUCUGUCCUCAGAAACCACAGUGCAUGAUGCUUUCUGGGGUCAGUUGUUCUUGAUAUCCCUGGCUGGCUUAUUUGCUUCUGCGUUCCUGGUAUAUCUGCACACAUCUACCCCAUCUGGAGACAAAUCAAAAUGGGGCGAUACAAUAUACUUAACCGUGCAUGGGUCUUUCUUUCUCCUCGGGAUCUAUACCCUUGUAUCUGUCCUUGUCUCUCUUCUCUGGCUCGCGUUACUACGAUCCUAUGUACGACUCUUGGUCCACGUGAUCCUAGUCGCUGUUCCCGUUAUACUAUACUCAUUCUCUUUAUACCCUUUUAUCUCAAGUUUCAAAGGGGCAUGGCAUGGGACGAGCAUACAAGACAAGGCGAUGAGAUGGGGCUCCAUCGUGCCAUUCCUUAUAGCCACCAUGUGGAUUUACAACGUCGUUAGCGGGCGUCAAUCGAUCGGAAAGGCCAUUGGCAUUCUUGAAUUUGCCUGUCGAAUACUAGCCGCCAACCCAGAGUUGCUUGCUCUUGGCCUGUGUGUCUUGGUCUGCGUUGUGUCCUGGACGUGGAUCUGGAUGUUGAUGUUCACUCGCGUCUUUUUGGGUGGUCAUCUCGCCAGUUCAAGAUCAUUCAUUAUCGAUGUGGGUAGCUGGUGGCUUGGCGUCUAUUUUGUCGUCGUUUAUCUAUGGUCCAUCGGUGUCAUCGCAGGCAUCCAGCGUGCUGUUACGGCUGCGACAGUGAGCCAGUGGUAUUUCCACCGUCUCGCAACACCCACACCCACCUCGAGGCAAAUUGUCCAAGCAGCCAUGGUCCAUGCUACUACAACCCUCUUUGGUACGAUCUCUUUGUCCAGAUUCCUGGGACUACUUAUUAGACUUCCCCUCAUUGUGCUGCCAAAUCGCCUCGCCUCGCUGCUCAGUCUGUUUGCAUAUUCAUUGGUCCCCACUCCCAUCACUUACUUGACCAAUCCUCUAUCUCUCAGCUAUGCAGCAAUUCACUCACAGCCACUCAGCGCUUCUUCCCGAGGGCUAAGUCAAAUGACCGUUCUUACCCCAUCGGCGGCUUCAACUUCUCUACACCCGCGUUCCUACUCUCGAUCCCCUGGAGGUUCGGGUUCACUUCUCUCUUAUCGGCUCUCCAAAUUGAUUCUCUACGCUGCUCGCUUCAUGAUGUCGUUGGCUCUAGGGUUUGGUGGGUGGGUAACCACUGCCCGGAGCCUAACAACCUCUGCCACUGGCAACACCAUCCGCGGCAGUCUCUAUGCCUAUGUGGUCGGUCUCAUUGCUGGAACAAUUGGAUGGACCACGCUAGGUGCAAUGGAAGGCGUGAUUGCAGACAUUGUAGAUGCCGCUGUGAUUUGCUGGGCAAGCGAAGUCGGCAUCUAUGGCAGAGAAGCUCGGUAUUGCCGCGAGGCUGGUUGGCUCUUCGGUGACUCGCAGUCUCGCUUCGGGCAUGAAUAUCAAGAGGUCUAG